AUGAAUACAAUAUCAGGAGCAGAAUCUAUAGUUAAAAAAGCAACUAAACUUUUGCUACAGCUAAAUCUUUUUAGAAAAACCUCUAACCUUAUAUUUUCUAGCAGAUUGCCUACAAAGCCCUUUUCUUAG